AUGACACAUAAAAUACGGCAUAAAAAAUUGGUGACGUUUGCAGACGUGAAGCGACACUGUGGUAUGUGUCGACAACAUGGCGUGGUGGUCGAGACACGUGGCCAUAUCUGCCAGUUCAAAAACUGUGAAUGCGAUAAGUGCAAGCUCGUCCGUAAACGACGAUCCAUAAUGUCAACACAGAUCCGCCUACGCCGCGAACAAGACAAAAGAUUCCAGAGAAAAACGAUUGCCUCUGAAGCCGACGUCGUGCCAUCUAAUGGUGUCUUUGAGCCGGAGAAGCGACACGAUAUCAGUCUGUGCUAUUUCUGUCAAAAGUGCAAGAAUCACGGAGUCCUGAUGUGGAAAAAGGAUCACAAACGGAGCUGCGAAUAUGCGAACUGUCGUUGUGAACAGUGUGAUCUUAUUGAUACCAGGAGAGCACUGGAUCGACAUAUAAAGAACAGCAAGGAGGCCAAAUCAACAAACUCCUCCGACUACGGCUCAUCUAGUUCGUCUGAAGAGUACAGUUCUGGAAGCGACAGCAACACUGGCUCGCUGCCUUUCGUCACCAUGCCGGUCUCUUUGGCAUGCAGUACAAAAACGAUUCCUCUACUUCCAACCUCCGACAUUCCUCUGCUGAAGCCAGCGAUAAACACCAACGGUUCGUUGUUGUUGCCUGGCAUACCUUCGGCAUUCCUGCCACCUUCCCCU